CUUAUUAUUUCCUCCUUCACAUCUGUCCCUGUGAGAGUAUAGAAGGAACAAUUGGAAUGCACCUCUCGAUAUGAUGGGUGCGAUGCCCAUGUGGCCAAACGCAGUGAGAUCCUGUUGCAUGUCAUGAGUGUGAAUAAAAUUCUAUCAAGGAUUGAAAAUGCUACAACAACAGAGGCCGCCUAUGAGGCCCAGCAGAUGCUCAAGACUGUGUACCAUCGGCUCAGAUCACGGAAGAAGCUGACAGAGAGCUAUGACCUGCUCCAACAAGGUGCUCGCCUUCAGCUGAAAGGUGAUCAGCUGACAUGUGGAAGCGAGCUGGCCCUUCUCCUGAUACACGAUCUUGAGGCAGAUGGCUUUAAGCUGUCAGAGUUGCAUCGCAUCACCGACCUUCUCGAGUGCAUCAGGAAGCCAUACACAGAGAGCAGGGACAGCCCAGAGAUAAAGGAAGCAACCAAGAUCACAAGCGCUGCCAUACGAUGGGUGAAGAAGAUGGGAGAUGAGGAGGCUGCCAAAAAGCUGCACAGCACGCUGGCAGCGCUGAUCUGCAAGUGUCAGGGCGCAGAGGGGCUGCUGGCAGCCAGCGAGCACUUCAGCCGCGGUGAUGACCCCGCAGCCUUCGCAGCCUACCUUGCAGAUGUCUCGAGCAAAGGGUCCCACAGCGAGCACGACCUCAUCCUAACCCGCGCUGUCCUGCAGGUUUUGGCAGUGGGCAGGGCGAGCCAGCUGGAUAUGCAGCUGGCAUUUGCCAGAGAGCUGAUGGGGGGCUUCAGCAACAGAACUGCAUCAGCUGCAGCCUCUAUAUCCACCCCACUCACCCACUUCCUGGAGUUCCUGCUGCAGGCUCUGGAUGGGCGCUCGCUGUCGCUGCUGGAACUGCUGCAAAAGGAGUAUAGCCACAGCCUGGCGCGCGACCCUGAUCUGGGCGAGAUGCUGGAGACUGUCAAGCAGACGUACUUCCCCUCGAUGGGGGGCCAGGGCAUGAGCAGUCUGCUGGGCAACAUCUUCCAGAUGAUAAGCACUGCAGAGCCACCCGCCUAGGGGCUUGUUAGUACAAGUAAAUAUGGUGCAGCUUGUGACAUUGGGCAGCCAAUGGAGCACAUGAGAACUGUGGGUUGAGACUGUUCUUGAAGUGAGGCGUAGUGCUCCAUUGCUGGUUGGGGCGUCUUCUGGAGUAGCAUCUGUGCGUGCUGCUGGACAUGUUACAAUCUGAGUGUCCUUCUGGGCCCAGAAGGCUGAAUACACAUAAGGAAAGAAGCUGCUGCGGAUGCCAUACGUAAGUAUACUAAGUGGUUAUUAGGAGCAAGGGCUAGAUAAGGGUGAUGUUGCCACCAUGAUACCACAGACCGUACCAGGAUGAAUGCUCAGCAUCAGGCUGACAUUCUGUUUAUGCCAUAAACUUUAUGGAGCUCGACUAGGUCUGCUUGCCAGGUUUAACAUCCCCUGGACUUGAGCCAUAAAGUCAGUGUUGAGAUUUGCUGC